GAGCAGCAGUGUAAGGAGUCUUCACCGCUGCAGCCCCCCACCCUCCAGUGCCCCCAUCCGCCGCUCUCUGCUCCCACCCCCUCGCGGCUCACCUGUGGUUCGUCAGAAGUCAUGUGUGGCCCGUCUGGGUGGGUGUGUGGAGGGUGUGGAUGCCGAACGGGAGCGUCUGAUGGUAAAGAGACUGAAAGAGAGGUGUGAAGAUCAGGCCAGGCAGCUGAUCACCCUACAGGCCGAGCUCAGGAAGGCUUCACGAUGCCUCUAUGUGUUCACCAUUACCACUCAACACUUCAGCCAGAAGAGCGAGAGUGGAGCUGUGAAGGAGAGGGAGUUGUCCCUGCAGUUAGCCAGGAUCAGGGAUGAAGUGGUGGUCAGUGUUCAGCGGUGGGAGCGUCUGCAGGGUGAGAAGGUCCAGCUGGAGCAUAAUUUUGAGUGGGAGCUGAGAGGACUCAAAGAGCAGCAACAGAAGGAGCUCAAGGCUCUGCAGGAGAGACUGGUUGAGGAGCAACACUCUGAGAUACAGCGACUCCAGCAACAGCAGCGCAACCACCUGGAGCAGCUCCGCUCCCAGCACCAGGAACAGAUUGAGGAGAUGAGUGAGAUUCACGAGACAGCCCUGAUAGAGAUGGAAGAGACUCACUGUGCCACUCUGGCCACUCUACAGGAAGAACACACCAGAACCAUCAAGAAUUUGAAGAUGGCACAUGAGCAGCAGAAGAAAUCCAUGGAGGAGGAAUUUGAGAAGCUCAGACUCGCACUGCAGGAUCAGGUGGACACUCUGACAUUUCAGAACCGCUCUCUGCGAGACCGGGCCAAGCGUUUUGAAGAAGCCCUACGUAGAAGCACAGAUGAGCAGAUUGUGGAUGCCCUCGCCCCAUAUCAGCAUAUCGAGGAGGACCUGAAGAGUCUGAAAGAGGUUCUGGAGAUGAAGAACCAGCAGAUUCAUGAACAGGAGCUCAAGAUCUCAGAGCUGGAGAAAAUGGCCCAAAAGAAUGUUCUGUUGGAGGAGCGUAUUCAGGUGUUACAACAACAAAAUGAAGACCUCAAGGACAGGAUUGACCGCAACCUUGCCAUGUCCAGGCAACUGUCGGAGGAAAAUGCCAACCUGCAGGUGUACGUGGAGAAAGAGAGCAACGAGAAGAAACGACUGAGUCGCACCAAUGAAGAGCUCAUGUGGCGGCUUCAAACUGGCGAGUCUCCAACCCAGUCACCACUUCAUCGGCCAUCAUCAAGUCCCGCAUCACCCUCCCGACCAUUUCCGGAGUGAUCCAGGUGGAAAACAACUAGACAGCGCAUGCAAAUAAACGGUGCUAAAAGUGGCCGCAAUUCAUUCUAAGAGAAUUCCCUCCAUUGAUUUCACAAAGCCUGAGUAAGGGGUCAUUCACACUGUCCAUGUGCAGAAAAAGAUUGAUGGAGCACUAAGUUUCUCAAGACGUAUUUUUACACUUCUACACAAAACAUGCUGAAAAGACAAUGAGAAGAGGCGCAAAGGUCAAAGAUAUCCGUCUAGCACAUGUUUCAAUAGAAAAAAACGUUUAAAAACAGUGCAGAUGGAGGCAAAAACCAGUAGGUCUUAUUAUUAUAAGAAUUAUUUACUUCCCCAAACUUGCCUGAUUUUUCUUUCUUCCGUGGGACACAAAAGGAGUUAUUCUCAGUCAACAUUCACUUCCAUUGUAUGGAUUAAUUAUACAAUCAAAGUGAAUAGUGACUGAGGCUGUCCAUAACAUUCUGCCUAAGAUCUCAUUCUUCCAUGGAAGAAAGAAAGUCAAACAGGUCUGGAACAUCAUGAGAUUUAGUAAAUGAUGACAGAUUUAGAAUUAAGUGAAAAAGGAAUAUUAGGCUCCAUCAUGACUGUAUGACUUUAUUGCGUCCAUCACAAUGUUGUGCAUUAUGAUGUUUCAUGGGCAGUGUUGAAAUGUACUUUUUUCUGCUUUGUACAAAGUGUAGUGCUGAAUGGAUUUGGCUAUUGGACUUGCACUGAUGCUUUCUUUUGAACGGGACCAUGAUGCUUGUUCUCCAACCUUUGCUUCUGAUCUCAAGCCUUUCCAAAGAUUGAUCAGGACAAUGUACCUGUUGUAUUUGGAACAUUUCCCUACAGUUGCCUUUUUGGAAUGAAAGCCACCCACCAGCAACCUUCUGUGCAAAGACAUCGCCACAUUUAAAUAAUUUUCAUGAGAUCAGGCUCAUAGGCCAGCUAGUUUCUACAACCACAAAGCUCUUGGACUUGCGGCAUUAGUAUGGAUUUUUAGUCCAUUAUUUCACACACCGUUUUCUCUGAAUCUGAUCACAGUUAAGGUACACCUAUCUUUCACAUUACUGAUCAAAGUCUAAGAGACCAAAUUCCAGUCAUAACUCAAUUUGUAUAAAAAGUAUUACUGUGUUUAGCACUACACAACAUGCCCACUCCAAGUAAUGCCCCCCUUGGAUCACAAAGCCAUUCUAUUGGCUAAAAUAACUUUUAAAAAUCAAUGCAAUCACUGUAUGAUUCGUGCUGUCUAAACUAUGUAAAUAUGACAAAGAAUAACAUUUAAAGUAUAUGUCAAAUAACAUUAUUAAACUGAAGAAAAAAAAUAGUGAAACUGAAAAUUUCUGUGCUCUGUUUUGUCCAGUUAGCUCACAAGCUAACCAGUUAGCAUAUUAGCUUAGCAUCUUCUUUUCCUUUUAAUUUUCAGCACAUUUCUCCUCACUGUCACCACCUAUUGAUACGGCAGUAUGAUUGUAUUCAAUAGAACUUUUACAUUGUAGUAUAUUUACAAAUUUUACAAAAUGUUUAUUUUGUAAUCUUUGUGGUUAGAUUUAGUGGUAGGGAAAAGAAUAUGUGUAGGUUUGCUAUGGGACACACAAUAAAAACAGUGUAUGAAUGUGACAUCCAACUGUUGCAAGAUUUAAGCAUUUAGCUGGUUAUUUGAGGAAGACGUAACUUGUAGUGGGGGUGCCUUGUAGUAGUCUGUUAUAAAGGAUGCUAAAAUUAGCAUGGGCUAACAACACAGUAGUGUAUUGCACAACUACAUUCUGCCAUUUUCAUUGUAGUCUGUUCUCUUUUUUUCUGAGGUAAAAUGAGUUUCAUGCCUUUAUCUCAACUAGCCUUGUUUACAGAAACCUCCAGAAUGCGUUAAUCUCCAAAAACUGCCUGUGAAUUUGACAACACUUGUCUGUUUAUAUUUCUCUGCUCUGUACAGUAUGUAUCAUAAGUCUUCCAGUUGCUCUGACCCAAAUUAUAUGCUUAAACUGUAUUUAUGUGGACACUACUGGUGGGAUCUUUUAUGAAGGAUUUUAUGAAAUCCCUAUGGAAAAAAAUGAAUAGGAAAAAUACUUCCGGAACCAAAAUUGCUGAAAAAAUGGGCGGAAACUGUUGCGCUCCAUUGGGGUGUAACAACAAGACACCAUGAACUGUAUUGAGUGGAUCAUCUGAUCAUCUGCACUAGUAUUUCUUUCCUUUAAGGAAAACUGAUGGGUUAAAGGUCUGGAUUCAGUCCUACAUGGAACAGUUUAAGAGUUAAAGGAACAGUUCAACCAUUGUUUAUUCAUCCUUCUGUCAUUUCACAUCCCAACCUGCAUUACUUUCUUUUGGGACUUUUUAAUAUCCUGGUUGCUCUUUUUCAAAUAAUAUAAGUAAUUAUUCAUUAUUGAAAGACUUUAUUCAUCUUACCAUUCGCUGUAGUUCUCAAAUCAGCUUCAUACAAUGUUAAUGAUGUUUGGUGUCAAUGGUGUCACAUGGCAUUAAUGUGCCUUUUUUGUAAUCCAUACGGUUUUGUUAGUCUAUUUCAGUGCUUUGAUGGAGGGUAACAAUAUUAUUAAAACAACAGCAUAAAUUUUGGUAUGUUCCUCACACAAAGUUAUUGAAAUACUUCUAAAGACUUGGAAUAUAGCACAUGAGUGAAAUGGAUUACAUUUAUUAUACUUUUAUGGAGCUUCUUUGGCCAAUUUGGUGUUCACGUUCACUGUUAUUUGAUGGAAAAGAGCGGACAGGAAAUUCUUAAAAAGUUCUGCUUUUGCUUUUGAAAAUUAUUUUAUCAUGUCCUCCCCCCUUAAUGGGUGGACUAUUCCUUUGAGUACUGUAAAUCAGUUUCUUCAUGAGUGUGUAUUAAUAAUGUUGUCCAAAGGGGGCAAUAUACUUGUUUGUCUUAUUUUAUUUUGGUCCAAGUGUACUUAUUAGUGCAGCUAUUAAUAAUGAUGAGCUACAAUUACAUUUUUAUUAUUUGACUAUGUCAUAUGACUAAGACACUCUUUAUGUGACUUUAACUUUCUUCAGCCUCAGUGUUCAUGCAAAUCCCCAAAAAGAUUUCCCAAACUUAGAUUGAUGAUUGUAUGCCAUUACAUUGUAGAAUUGUAUUUGUGUUUAUUUACAGAGUAUCAUUACCUCCGGUCUUACACAGAGAUCUCUCAGGUUAAGGUUUAUUAAAUGCCAUAUGUCCUUACAUGUUAUAAAAAUACAUUUAUUUAUAUUUAAUGAAAUUCAUUGUAAAAACUGGCUAUGUUCUGUCCACAAUAAGCAAUGUAAACUAUACAAUGAUAUAUUUGAGGCUUGGCAUCACUGAUAUAUUACAUUUGUACAUUUUAUUUCACUCAAAUAGCAAUUAAACUGAAGGCUCUGAAUGAAAUCUAAAAACUACCUGUUUGCAGAGAACUAAUGCUCUUCUGCUUCAGUUUCACAGCUGUCUGCUUGUAUAAUUCUGACAUCUGCUUUGAAAUAUAACUGAAAUGUAAUCUUUUUAAAUCAGGUUCUGAAAUGCACUGAUUUUUGUUGUUUUCCUGUGUGUGUCCCAUGGACAUAAUUAUGGAAUUUCUGAAUGUUUUGUCCUAUUUUUAAAAUGGAAAAAACCUGUCUGUUAUAUGAUAUUUAAGGGAGGAUUAUAACAUGCAUUGUGUGUUAAGGAAGUUUCCUCUUCUAAUUUCUCAUUUGUGUUGUAUAACUUAUAUGAGCUCCACUGUAUGUGUAAACUGUUACAACACAUGUUAAUGAAAAAGCAUGUCUUAAAGCUGUAUCAUUGUUGUUCAAACCAUGUAAGUGGAGCUUACCUCACUGUUGUGAUGCUUUCAUGAACUCAUCUGAGGUUAUGUUGCAUUUUGGGUAUUAAGGAAUAAAAGACAUUGU